GGUCAAUAUGAAUGAGCGACUUCUCACUGAUACGUGUGACUCACUAUUUCAUCUAGGCUAUAAGCCUAGUGAUGAGGAAUCGGUGAAACAAAUUCUUGAUCAUCCGAAGCGUUUUUCAUCUCUGGUAUCAUGGCUUUCAAAGGAACUGCACGUACUAACUCAUGGUGUAGUGGAUAUCAUCGCGUCGCUGGAAGACUCAAGCCUGGAAUCGUUUGGCAUCGAGGUUUCGUCCGCACUUCGCGCCCUACAUUGUCCUUAUAAGCGUUUAAUGAGUGGAGAUUUGAAUGAAAGGAUAAACACUGAUAAUAAAAAGCUUCUUCUUUUGGAGUUUCUCACGACCGAAGCACAAGCUGCCAGACUGUUUUGUCCUAACAAGCAAGAAAAACGAAUGAGAAUUGAAAUACGCUCCUCCCCAGAGGCUAGAGACGCUAGCCAACUUCUCAAAAGCUUGGAUAUGACACCUCCUCCUGCUAACAUUACCCUCUCCAUAUUUUUCAAAAAACUGGAGGAGCAUAUCAUGGCCUUAAAACCUAUAAAACAAACGGCUCUUUUAAAUCAAAGCCUUACCCCGAUGCAGUGGACUUUAGUUGAACAGGCUUACCAUCGUCUUCUUAAAGACUUUACUGUUCGACGAAUGGUACUCAUCAAACGACUAGACGUCACAGUCUUAUCUUUCCGUUGGUCAAGCCGUAUGAAAGAUAAGCAAAAUGAACUUACUCAGGUGUAUAUGCCAAUCCGACAGGAACUCUCUGUGGAACCGACUGUUCAGUUAGGGGAUAUUCUUGCAGCACGACAUGAUGUUGCGGUCGAGGAGAAGACCUCUUGCCAGAACGUACGACAAAAUACACAGACUUCUAUCACGAAAGUAAUUAUUGGUCCGGUGCCAGACAGAGGAGGACGUUCAGAUGAAAUGCAGCCCCCUCCGCCAGAAAUGCCAUCAUGGUGCGCUAGGCAAGAACCUACAAGAGAUCAAGCCGGUAGAGGUCGCGGUCGAGGCGGUGUUGGCAGAGGAGGCAUUGGGUUUAACCAAAGUGCGUCUAAUUACAACAAUCAAGGUGGUGGAGGCGGAAGCAGCAGCUAUUACAACCAAGGAGGGGGUGAUUUCUACAACGGAAGUCAAGGAGGAAGAGCAGUUGGAAGAGGAUAUAAUCAGAGCAGCGACAGCCAGGGUGGAUAUUAUAACCAGGGCAACUACGGUAGUUGUGGGGGACAAAACUACAAUCGAGGAAGUAGCCAUCGACGGAACGAGGGAAGGGACUACGUAUCUGGCAGGGUACAGAAUGCUGCCUGGGAUGAUACUCGAGGCAAGAGUGGCAGAGGUGGAAGCCACCGGGGUGGAUACAGAGGAAGUGGAGGCCAUCACGGAGGACGUUACUGAUAAUGCUCUUAAAUAUGCGAUAG